AUGUUAAGGUAUGACGUCCAUAGAUUUGAUAGGAUAGUGAUUGCGAGGACGUCGGUGGCGCCCGCCGGCUUCGUGGAGGCAGUGACGACGCUGCUUCCGUCGCUGACGAGCAGAAUCAGCUGCGUUGGAGCGCACGCCACUCUCGCGGGUAGGGACGCAGUCGGUUCACGCACGUUGGUGAAGCUAUGCAGGCGACCGCUUUACGUAUCUGCAAAAAGAGUGGAUUGCGCGCGGAGCUUGACGCUGCACCUCCAGGAGUUUUCCGAUGCUGAAGCGGAGGAAGUGCGCGGACCUGUUUCAAGAACGAACAAACGCAGUGCAACUGUGGCGAAAACACCUCAGCAUGCAAAUGAACGGGCCCUAAUCAAUCCGGUGGAGACCAGUUCCGCACCCGUAGAGGCCGGAACUGGGAAACGUGCGCUCAAGUCGCUGCAGGCGUUGUCGCUGUGGGAGUAUCUGUGGCCGCGUGGACUUUUAGUGCUCGUUGCGGCCAUCUGGGGCACGAAUUUUGCAACUGUAAAAUUCAUCGGGGACGCGGACUCUUUGGAUGUGUCCGCUGGCGCCUUUGUUCGGUUUGGUAUUGCGGCAAUCGCGAUGGCACCGUUCACCUGGAGGGCCGUUCAGCGCCUCCUUGACGACAAAACUCCGACCUCGGAGCACGGAUCGGAUGCAAACGCCGCUCCGCAACCUGAGGUAGCGGGAACGGAAGACCCGUCAGCAACUGUAGAGCAGCGUUUACGCAAACGUACCUCUGAAUUUCUGUUCGGUGUACUCGGUCUUGGGACUGUCGUGUUCACCGGCUAUUUUACGCAAGCAAUUGGUUUACUCGGCACAGAUGCCAACAAGUCAGCAUUUCUGUGCUCACUGACCGUCGUCUUGGUUCCGUUCAUGGAAAGAACUUUCCUGGGCAAACGCAUCGAGCCGCGGGCGUGGAUGUCCGCGUUCUUGGCCACGAUUGGUGUAGGGCUCCUUGAGCUCGAUGGCUCUGCGUCUGUGUCGCUCAGCGAUUUGUGGUCGUUUUUGCAGGCGGUAUGCUUCGGUGCAGGCUUCAUGAUUGUCGAAAAGCUCACCCGGAGGUUCCCAGGACACCCAUUGGAGAUUGCCGCCCUGAACCUGACAAUCGUAGCGGUUUACAGUGGCCUAUGGUGUCUGAGCGCAGCUUUCGUGUCCGGGACCACCAUGCAAGACCUCUUACAAAGUCUGGCACAGAUCCUGAUAGAUCACGGCUCUGGAGUGGCGGGAGCGCUCCUCUAUACUGGUCUGGUUACAACCGCGCUUGCGGUCAUGAUGCAGACAGUUGCGAUUAGCAAAGUCAGCGCCGAGGAAGCGGCGGUCAUUUUUUGUUUGGAGCCCCUCUUUGCGGUAGCGUUCUCAGCAGCACUACUUGGAGAGAGUAUGUCCAUGAAAGGCGCGUCCGGCGGUGCGCUCAUAUUGCUUGCGGUACUCUGCAACCAGGCGCUGAACCCAGAGAUGCGCUCGCGGUUAGGUUUGCAGCGAUCGCGUACCAGAAAUAUUCGCGCGAUAGAGGGACACACGAGGACCCUUGCCCCAUCGGAUCGUACUCCAUCGGUAAUCGCGCCGAUGAAACCGCGAAUGGUUUCCCCAGCUACACCAGAGCAGUUCGUGAACGGUACCGCGCCUGAGUCCGCUUCGUCCAGUAGUACACAUCUGGAGAAGCCGCAGCAGCCUCGAACUCGCCCACGCCCGUCAAUCUUGCCGAAUGAGAUCACCUUCAUCGCGUCGAAAGACAAAAAUAGUGCGUCUACCGCAUCGCAAGCAGAGGACACGCGAUCCGACGAGUCGGAAAUGGCGAGUGUCCACAGCUAA